AUGAUAGCACAAACAAAUAAAUUCUUUUUUUUUAUUAAAAUUUUCGCAUUUUCUCUAUUAAUAUGGAUAUUGCAGGAUUCUUAUGAAACAAAUACUUCAGGAAAAUCAUGGACUAAGAAAAUCAACCUACAUAAUACCUCAGAAGUAAUGGUAAGCCGACUGUUAUGUAGAGACACAGAUGUAGAUUCUAAGCAGACAGACUUUCAUUUAAAAGAAAAAUUUCAGAACAAUUUUCAAAAACCUAUCAAUUCAAGCAAAUAUAUGCAUAAAAUUUUAAAUUCCUAUGAUAAAUAUAUAUUUUAUGAUUAUCUUGAAAAAGUACUUAAAGAAUUAAAAAAAGAAUCACCUACAACGGAAGAAUAUAAAUUAAGAGAAAAACAAGUCACAUCAUUUAUAAAUAAACUUUUACGGAAAUUACAAGAAAAAUAUAAAAGAAAAUUAAAAAAAGGUCCUUAUAUGAAUCGUAAAAAAUACCAAAAAUUUUUACACAUUGUAACUAACCAAAACACUAAAGACAUGCUUAAGAUUACUAUUCCAAUUUUAGCAAAAACAAACAUCUCAUGUAAAAAUAGCCUAUACUUAGUUAGUUCAUAUGGUGAAGCAAUAUUAUCUGAAUUAUUAUCACUAUCAAAUUCUAUUAUACAUACUUAUAAUAAAAAAUUUAAUAUUUCUGAGUAUGAUAACUAG